AGGCGGGAGAGAGUGAGGGUGCUCGACGCGACGUGCAUUCUCUUCCCCGUGGAUGAUUUACGAGCCAUACGAACGCUCGUCAACGCGGUCAUAAUUAACGCGCGGUGUCACCUGCAAGUGUUCUCGCGGUGUGAUUGAAUAUUCGAGGUAAAAAAAGGUAUACGCGCGCAAGAUCGGCAGCAAUCGGCGGGAAUUUAAGGAAGGCAGGGGUAUUAUUGAAUAAACACACGCGAGUAAAUUUGCGGCAAGAAACAAUGGAAGUCUAGGUGGGAAUACGAUUAAUAUAGCUGAGAAUUGCGAGCAAACGGCGGGAGUGAUACUUUGACGCGGGCAAGUUGUCAUUUAUUGGCCUGCAUUGAUCUGUAUACGGGCGGCGACAGCGGACGAGCGGAUUGGAUUAAAUGUGACCAAGGAAACAUUUGACACCUCGCGUGUGCAGGUGAUCGUUUGUAACGAUCCCGCGUCAAGCUCGAGAAUAAUAUCAAAAGAUGGCCAUCGCCGCCUCGGAGAAUUAUCAGCUCAAAUGGCACAGCUACGGAGCGCAUCUACACAGCUCCGUCGCGACUCUGCUCCACUCAGAAUCCUUCGCGGACGUUUUACUGGCCACGUCCUGCGGGCGGCACGUGGCGGCCCAUCGAUUCGUCCUCGCGGCCUGCUCAUCUUACCUCAGUCACAUUUUUCAAACGUGCCAUUUCGGCGCCAACACCAACGCUCCGAUAAUCGUGGUGUUGCCUACGGAGAUAGGAUAUCGCACGUUAAAAAUCCUGAUACAGUACAUGUACAGUGGCGAAGCCACUGUAACCAACGAUCAGCUGGAAGGAGUCCUCAAGGCCGGCGACAUACUACGCGUACGUGGACUGUGGAGAUCAAAUACCGGCAGCAGCAAAAAGGAGAACAUACAAUCGAAUAAUCAGAAAAUCGAACGCGACAAGCGGGAAACGUCGCAGUUGACCGGACAAAUACAAAAGAUCAAACUGGUACAACCGACCGCGGAGAAGGUAAUCGAGAAUGUGCAGCAGGCAGCCACGACUUGCCAAAAUAAUAUACAGCCCGCAAAGUCGGUUGAGAGGAAGAGCACAGAGAAAAUCGAGGAUAAGACCAAUGAAUCUGAGACCAAGAAAGUCUCGGAGGAGAAGAAUAACGAGCAGAGCAAGAACAAGGAAAAUCUCGAGACAAACGGCAAAAAGAAGAAAGCCGUUAACAGCGACGUCGAGUCGAAUAAGUCCAAGAGCGAAGGUGGUGAAAACACUGAACUAAACUUGGAGUUGUUGGUAAAGGACGAGCCGAUCGAUUGGGAAGAAACGAUCGAUCCAUCGGAAUCACUCACGAUAGACCAUGAAAUCGAUAUCAAACCAGAGAUCGUACAUAGCGCGGAUGAGGAUGGAGAUAUGGAGGAGGAAGAGUAUACCCCACUGACAUGCGAUAUGUGCAGUCAAACGUUUAAUAGACCGUCGGAUUGGGUGAGACAUAUAGAAUUCACGCACGCUGACAUGACUGAAAAUCGGAGAAAGAAACGAAAGGACGAUAUAAAUGACGACAGCAAGGACUUUCCCCCUCUGAAGUGUGAUCUAUGUGGCAAUAUGUAUUCUACGCCGCAAGAGUGGGUGCGUCACAUACAGACGGAACAUACAGAGGAGCAGUUGGCCUUGAUGAACAAUUCGGCGCCCCCUAAGCCGAAAAGGGUUCACAAUCACCAAAAGUUAUGCAACAUAUGUCAAAAAGAAUUCCCAAGUCACGCUUCGAUGGUCAUCCAUCAAAGAACGCAUACGGGCGAAAAGCCUUUUCUUUGCUCUUACUGUAAAAAAGGCUUCAACGUAAAGAGCAACUUGCUGAGGCAUUUAAGGACACUGCAUGACAAAUACGUACAUCCUAGCUUAUACGGAAGUAAUGGUAGCACGAACGCUUAAAGACCCUUCACAUUUCUUUCCGACUAUAUAUAUAUGUAUGUGUGUGUGCGUGUGUGCGUAUA